AGGAACCACCUCUUCCUCUUUCCUCCCUUUCUCUCCCUGUUGCUGCCUGAGCAGAGGCUCUUUGAGGCCGUGGGGGUGUUGCAGAUUCACCUAAGGCUGAGGCUGCCGUGGAGACAAGCUGGUCUGCACAGGACCAGGAGGAUCCCAGUUGGACCCAGAUCCUGGGCUGAUGUGGACCCUGUGGAGGGGCCCGGCAGCCAUGCCCUGCCCUGUGGCACUCCUGUUCCUCCUCCUGGCCAGUGGGGCUGAGGCCUUUCGCAUCUGUGCCUUCAAUGCCCAGCGGCUGACCCUGACCAAGGUGGCCAGGGAGGAUGUGAUGGACACUUUGGUGCGGAUCCUGGCUCGCUGUGACAUCAUGGUGCUGCAAGAGGUGGUGGACUCUUCCAGCAGUGCCAUUUCCCUCCUGCUUCGAGAGCUCAACAGAUAUGAUGACUCCGGGCCCUACAGCUCCUUGAGCAGCCCCCUGCUGGGGCGCAGCACGUACAUGGAGAAGUAUGUGUACAUCUACCGGUCACACAGGACACAGGUCCUGGAGUCCUAUGUGUACAGCGAUCAGGAUGACCUGUUUGCACGGGAGCCCUUUGUGGCCCAGUUCACCCUACCCAGCAAGGUCCUGCCCAGUGUGGUGCUGGUCCCGCUGCACACCACCCCGAAGGCCGUGGAGAAGGAGCUGAACGCCCUGUAUGAUGUGUUUCUGGAUGUCUCCCAGCGCUGGCAGAGUGAGGACAUGAUCUUGCUUGGGGACUUCAAUGCUGACUGCGCUUCGCUGACCAAAAAGCGGCUGGGCGAACUGGUGCUGCGGACGGAGACGGGCUUCCACUGGGCAAUUGCCGACGGGGAGGACACCACUGUGCGGGCCAGCACCCACUGCACCUACGACCGCAUCGUGCUGCACGGGGAGCGCUGUCAAGGCCUGCUUCGCACCGCCUACGCUUUCGACUUCCCCCGGAGCUUCCGGCUCACAGAGGAGCAGGCCCUCAAUAUCAGCGACCACUACCCUGUGGAGGUGGAGCUGAGCAGGGCAGCGCCGGGGGUCCUGCCCCUCAGCCUGGUGGGUCUGCUGUUGCCUCUGAUGCUACUGCCACUCCUGCCCCUUCAGCUUGGCUCCAUGGCCUGACCCGCCCUGGCCAACCCUGUCCACCCCACCCUGGGGCUGGAACGAUUCCUGAGGGGUUCCAGCGCUGUUUGGCUCCAUGAGACUACAGCCCUGUUCCAUCUGCCUUUUCUUUGGUUUGUGCCUGGUAUUACAAUAUGGAAGAUGAAGACACUAGGGGCCUUGAGGCUAAACACAUGCCACAGGUGGUGCCAGGACAGGGGACAAAGCAGGUGCUGGGGAAGGGGAGGGGGCUCAGAAAGGGAUCUUGAUUAAGCUCCUGCAGGGCUCAGGAAAGGGAAUUACAAAAAGGUCACAAGGUUUUAUUCUUUGAAAAAUGGAAACUUUUUAUUCUAUGAAAAGAGACACAUGUACUGAGAACAAAGAAGCAGACUGGAGGGAAAUUCAUGUGUGUGGCGGUUAUGACAAAGUGCUAUUGUAUACAGAACUCACCUGAAACACCAAGGGAAUAUUGAGAUCCCAGUAGCUACAAUGGAGAUAAGCCGUUUACACCAAAAAAAUGUAACUAAUGAACAAACUGGGAUCAUGUGACCUAAGCAAUGAAAAGGGCUAGGCACAA